AUGCCUGAUACCCUUGGAGACAACUUUGUCCCUUCCUUCACUCAUUUCAACCCUUCCAGUUCACGAAACUCUGUAUUACCAUUGCAUGUUGCGAAACACCACGAACAACAGAGACGACAGUCACUCCUUUCGAACACCUCACCAAACAUCGAAUUAGGCUCGUUAGCCCACGAGGGUAGUUCCCAACCUCAGCCAGAAGACUUCGAACUAGACAGCGACGACUUUUCAGACUGGUCGGGAGAAGAGCAGGAGCACGACCCCUUAGAUCCCGAACAAUCCCAGAUGCAGAGGAGGGCGCGGAAGCAGAAGAGUAAAAACAAUUUAACCAUCAAUACCAACACAAAGCAGAAUGGCAAUGUAGCGAAUGGUAACGGUCACAUCGACAGCAAAAUGAUUGAGCAUAGGAGAAAACAUGUAGUAGGACCUGAGGAUGCUAAAGCAGCCUACAUAGGAAGGGAAGACUUUAGUCUGGAUCAGGAUCCUCCUCCCUUGACACCUCAGACACCUGCGCAAGUCGAGACGAGCUUCAGUGAUUUGCCAACGCAGGACAAACACAACUUUCUGCUGUUAUGCCUGCUUUACUUCCUGCAAGGUAUACCGAUGGGGCUGGCCUCAGGUUCGGUGCCUUUCCUAUUAAAGAAAUACCUAUCAUACGGCCAAAUUGGCGUCUUUUCACUCGCAAUAUACCCCUACUCGCUCAAACUGUUAUGGUCGCCAAUCGUUGAUGCGGUCUGGUCGCAAAGGUUUGGUAGACGAAAGAGCUGGAUCACACCCAUACAGACAAUCUCAGGUUUGUCCAUGAUUUACCUCGGUGGUCAGAUCGACCCAAUGAUGGAAGCUGCGGGCAAAAACGGCGGUGCUGGUGUCUGGAACUUUACUGGCUGGUGGUUUCUCCUUGUCUUCCUUUGCGCGACGCAAGAUAUUGCAGUAGAUGGAUGGGCAAUUUCUCUACUGAGCAUUCAAAACAUCGCCUACGCCUCGACUGCACAGACAGUUGGCUUGACUGCUGGCUCUUUCUUGUCACACACCGUUUUCCUGGCCUUACAAGCUCCUGAAUUUCCGAACACGUGGUUCAGGAAAAUGCCCCAGGACUACGGAUUGUUGACGCUGGGUGGCUAUAUGACCUUCUGGGGCUAUGCAUACCUCGUCGUCACAUUGGGCCUGGCGAUAUUGAAGAAAGAGGAAAAGACAAAAGAACGAGACAGCAUACGCGAAGUCUACGAGAGUAUGUGGGCUGUAUUGAAGCUCAAGAACAUCAUUACGAUCUGUAUUAUCCACCUAAUCGCCAAACUCGGCUUUGUGACAAACGACUCAGUCACGAACCUGAAGCUUCUGGACAAGGGCUUCGGCCAAGCCAACCUGGCGUUGGUAGUGCUAAUCGACUUUCCUUUCGAAAUCGGACUGGGAUACUACGCAGGACAAUGGUCAACCAAAUAUACGCCCCUACGGUUGUGGUGUUGGGCCUUUGUGGCAAGAUUGGCAGCUGCCAUUUUUGCACAGGUCACAGUGAUGAUUUAUCCUACAGCUGUUGGCGAAGCAGUACCACUGUGGUAUCUGUUGACUGUGAUUGUGGAGCACGUUUACAGCACCUUCAUGAACACCGUCAUGUUCGUCGCGGUAUCGGCUUUUCAUGCUCGAGUGGCUGAUCCAGCUAUCGGCGGCACAUACAUGACCUUGCUUGCUACUGUCUCCAAUCUUGGAGGUACGUUUCCAAAAUAUUUCGUACUCAAACUGGUCGACACUUUUACAAGCGCGACCUGCAUUCCUCCGACCGCAGCUGAAAUUGCGAAAUUGACCCUGGCAGAAGGCAAGACACCUAUCACAAGCGCCCUUUCUUGCGCAUUAGAAGCCGACAAGCAUCUUUGCAUAGAAGGAGGUGGUACUUGCAUAAUCAACAGGGACGGAUACUACAUUACUAAUAUCGUUUUUGUGGUUCUUGGAGCUAUCACCUUCUGGAUGUAUAUCGAGAGAAAGGCACUGGCAUUGCAAGCGCUGCCUUUAAGAGCAUGGAGAAUAAACCCAGAAGGCUACACGAGAGUGAAUAGCUAG